GUAGCUGAUAAAGCUAUAAGCAAAGGAGAAGCUGAAAAGAUUAACAAUUACAAUAUUAAACUGUUCGAAAAUGAAGUGGGAGUGACGGAGUUUGGAGACCGCUAUGCAACGGUCAUCCCUGGAUGUCUUAGCUAUCUACUGCGCAAAGAGCGCAUUGUCGAACUGUUGACGGAACCUGCUGACAUAGACGCGAUACGCGAACAAGGAUGGAUGUCACAUAAACCACCUAGACUACCUCCACUGGUGUCAACAAAGGCUUGUUUUGCUUUUUACGUAGAAGGUUCUACAGUGAGCUCAGUCAGAGAGCUGUCGAGCGAUGAGUUAAAGCCAUGGACAACUACUGAUCCAGUAGAGGGUGAACCCACUAUCAAGCCGAAUGUACGGAAGCAUGCGGUGACUAGAGAAGAUGGUCGCUUAGUCCCAUGCAAGGGUGAUGGGCGAACAUCUGAGUUUCACCUUACCGAGUACAGUGCUUGGCUACCGAGACUACUUAGACUCAGGAAGAAGAUUUUCUAUGUAGCUCGACAAACGGGCCAGAUAGUGGGAAAUGUGCUGAUUUUGUACGACUUCACAAUGCCAGGAGAAAUUCCAUCAAUCAUGAACAUAGCACACGGAAAUGAUGCUUUGAGAGAUAUGCAACAAAUGGAUUUGUCUAUGGAGUUGCCAGUAGCAGAUGCAGAUAAUCCGGUAAGUUAGAU